AGCCCCCUGUGUUACUCUGCAGGACUCUGCCGUGCCUUUCUCUCAGUGAUGAAUGCCUGGGUCCACUUCUUCAUGUGUUACAGGGAGCACAGCAGUGACGUACCUCCUUCUUAGGAGCUGUCACCCCCGGGGCAGAGAUGGGAUUAGGUUGAUGGGACUCCUAUACCAUGGAUGAAUAGGAUUUGAGAUGUUUUUCCACCGGGGUCUGAUGGCUUGCAACAAAAUCAAGUCACUAGGCCUUUUCUGCAUGCAGAGAACCUUCUGGGACAUAAAGGCCUUUGCCUUGAGUAGGAAGCAGGAGAACAGAAGUCGUCCACAGUGUCAGGAUUUCACUGAGAGUUUGCUGGGGCUCAAGUGACCUGAGAGCAUAAUGGUCAAUGGCAGAGCCUCAUUCUUCCCUUUCCUUUCUCUGGCGGUGCCCUCCACACACUCAGGAGAGAGAGCUACUCAAUCUGCAUGACAACUUCUAGAAAGAAGUGGGAGCAGCAAGGGUCUCAACAGGGGGCUAAGGCCAAAGGGUGAAGACAUGCAGGCUCCAGUCAAUGAGGGAGAGGAAGGAGGAAAUAGACAGCUCCCAGCUUUGAUGCUUGUAGGGAUUAUUGAAUUAGGUGGGUUUGAGGUUCUGGGACACAGUGACCCGGCCCCCAUCCCUGUUGCCCUGGGUUCCCAUUUCCACGGCCAGCAAUGACUCAGCAGCUGUGCGGGAUAUUGCGCUGAAGCCUUGGGUUACUGUCUUCCCCCACAUCACUGGCAGUUCGUGGGCAAGCCUCUUGGGCAGCCUCGGGUGAUGAAACCUAGCACAGCAGCAGGAGAACGGGAAUGCGAAUUCUCAAGCCCCCACCCUCACCCUUCCUUCCUCUUUCAGGGGCUCAAAGUCUGGCAGGAGGAAGACCAGCAGCAACUGACUGGGCAGACUUCCCAGGACGAUGCAGCCACUCCUGCUCCUGGUGGUCCUUCUCCUGCCCCCCAGGGCUAGGGCAGGGCAGAUCAUCGGAGGCCAAGAGGCCAGGCCCCAUUCCCACCCUUACAUGGCAUAUGUUCAGAUCCAAACUCCACGUCUGCAAACUUGUGGGGGGUUUCUGGUGCGAGAAGACUUUGUGAUGACAGCAGCUCACUGCUUGGGAAGACAAAUAAGUGUCAUCCUGGGGGCCCACAACAUCAGCACGUUGGAAAGGACUCAGCAGCGCAUACCGGUGCUCAGAGCCAUCCCCCACCCCACGUACAAUCAGCGGAACAACCAGAAUGACAUCAUGUUACUGCAGCUGAGAAGCAGAGUCACACGUAAUCAAGCUGUGAGGCCGGUGGCUCUGCCGCAGACCCAGGACAGCCUGAGUCCUGGGACCCUGUGCACCGUGGCCGGCUGGGGCCUUCUCGGCCUGAACAGGAGAACAGAUGUGCUCCAAGACGUGCAGCUGACAGUGCAGAGGAACGGGGAGUGCAGUAGACGCUUCAUGUUCUACACUGGCCAAACACAGAUUUGUGUGGGUGACCCAAGAGAGAGGAAAUCCGCCUUCCUGGGGGACUCCGGUGGCCCCCUUGUGUGUAACAACGUGGCCCAGGGCAUCGUCUCCUACGGAAACAGGUUUGGGACUCCUCCAGCAGUCUUCACCAGGAUUUCCAGCUUCCUGCCCUGGAUACGGAGAACGAUGAGACGCUUCAAAGAGUGGGGGCUGGAGUGACACCCCCUGUCACUGACUCCCCUUCUCUGGGGCAGAGCCCAGAUCCAGGGCGGUUCCCAGAGCCUUAAUAAACAUCCACAUCUAGAGUGGAAAUAACCGAUUCCUCAUUUGUUCAUUAAACAUGAUUCAAUACACAGCAAAUGUGUGCCAGGACUGAGUGUGAGCUCCUCCAGGAAAUGAGGUCUCUUCCCCAGGACAAGUGAACCCCCGUCGCCCCCAUCCUGGGAGUCAGGGUGAGCUUCUUCUCUCCUCCAAGCCAUGCAUUCCUCCAUCUCCCCUCCACCCGCUCUGGGGAGUGAUGGAAGGACCUAUCUCUUCCCAGAGUAAGGCUCCUUAUUCUCCACCCUACCAGAGACCCUCCUUUAGGUAUUAAAGUGUACCCCCAAACUGUGUGCCACUGGCGUGGGUAGGACAGGCAGAUCAAAGGAACGAUUGAAAUUCUAUACAAGGCCCAAUUGAACAUAUGGUUAACAAUUCUCAAAUCACUGAGAAACAAUUAACUUUUAAUAGACGACAUUGAAACAAAAUAGAGAAUCAUUGGGGAAAAAAGAUAAAGUGGGGUCCACACUCCUCAUCGUAAUCCGAAAUGACACUCAGAUGGGAUCAAAGAUCUAAAUGUAAAAACUCAAUCCAUACGAGUACUAGAAGGAGAAAAUAAUUUACUUCCUUAAAAAUAUCUAACAAAACACCCAUAUCAAAGCUGCGCUAUUCACAAUGCCCGAGAGAUGGGAGCAACCCGAGUGUCUAUGGACGGCCAGAGUUUCUGAAACCUUUACCCAUACCAGCCCUGACUGUACUAUAGACCAAUGUCCUCAUUUUCAAUGCGAUGAGGGUCUCCUUCUGAUUUCGUUACUCUAAAAUUAUACAAUACAGUAUGUUGCCUAAAAUAACUUGACUUUAUACUAAAGAUUAGCUUAUGACUGAUACAUCAAUAUUAUAUUCAAAUAAUAGAUUUCCGAAGUCACAUAGCUUAAAACCGUGCUUUUAACACGUCAAGGUAACUGUAAAGAAUCAGCUGGGAAGUUCUUCUCUGUUCAUCAAAAUGGUAAUUACUCCUCGCAGUGGGACAUUUCCCACCUGAAUUUUUGCAGUUUCCGUAAUCUUGAAUAAUCACUGAACACAUAUCAAAGCGACUGAUAUGCAGAAAUGCUUUGGUAAAUUUGAUCAUUCUUUGAUAACUAUUUCUUGCCAGACACUCAUUUGCCUAACAUUCAGUGUAAGUCAUUUAUCAACAAAAUUUUAAUCAAUAAUACAUCUUUGAAAUUACUCAGUCAUUUUUCCUAUAUUUGCUACCACCUACCCAUAGGAAUUCUCUCUUGCUUGUAUGUUCUGCGGGAAAACAGCCUCAUUGUUAAUUGUUUGCGUUGGCAGGUGGAAAGAAUACUUGACGAUGGAGGGGGGAGGAGAGAGCUGUGGAAGAGCCCUCGUCCAGCCCUUCCUCUCUGUGACAUUUACUUAGAGCCCCAGAGCACCGCCCAGGUCAGGACUCAGUCCCCAGGAAACUCCCAGGGCAGACCCAUCUCUCCUCUAAGCCUCUCCCUGCCAGUCAGCACUUCCAAGGCAGCUCUCUGCCUCCAGCGGCCCUGCCAGAAACGUUUCUACAGACCUCACCGUGCUCACCUCCAGAGGACAAUUCCCUUCAUGACCAUCCCAGAAGCCACUUCCACCGCCUCUCACAGCUCAGCACCCUCCCCCGAUAAGUAAACCGCAGCAGCAGAGCUUUGGCAAGAAACCAUUUUGCACACCAAAAGCUAGAGGAAAAGAACACAACUCCUGCCACUUUCUUUCUCCACUUUCCACCUCUGUGCCUUGGAAGCCCUACUGACUUGUCUGGAAAGUCACAAAACCAUGGCAAGCUCAUGGACAGAAACCCCACCGGGAACUUCUCUCCUGACCCCAUAGCUCAGGCAGACUUCCGGUCCCCCAGAGGCCUGGUGCCUGUGCCCUGGGGCAGAUCAUCAGAGUCAGGAGAAGCUAGCCACUGGCGAUUUGUCAUAACUAUAGCAAUGUCACAGAAGUGAGGUCUGGUAACCUUGAUAAUGGUUGUCUGAGUUUGUCUGGGAAAUGGUGGGUGCCCCAGGGGAAAGCCACCUGAACCUCGGGUUGGAGAAGAGAGGGCAGCCUAGGACUGCCUAAGGAAAUGUCUUUCUUAUAGAAAUGUGAAAAAACUCUCAGAAGUGGAUGAAAUCUUCCAAA